AUGCCACUCAUCAUCGCGGGGCGACACAAACGCAGAGUUCGAUUUCCCGCCGCCAGCCUACCGCCUGCCGUCAUAUCGACACCUGCGACAGCUCAACAGCAGCAACAGAAGCGCCCGGGGAAUCAAGUCCCCUCUCCAGCAAAGCCUGGCAAAUCUGGCAAGCCCAGCAAAUCUGAGUCAAGCAACUCCUCCACAAUGGCCACUCAACAAGAACCCCGGCCGGGGAUCCCAGCCCUGUUCACUCAGCCGCCGCCUAUCCGCGACCCGCUCGUGACAGAGACCGUCGAGCUGCAGGACGCAACGCUCGAGAGAUGUCUGGAAUUUCUCAAGGGCCUCCAUAUUUCCCAGGGCUCUUUCAAUGCAUCCGGGGUACCCGCCCUGCAGCGUGAUCCUCAUAUUACGUACCUCUAUGAUUCUCUUGAGGAUUAUCCCGAGGGCUUUGUCGCCAUGGAUGCCAGUCGCCCGUGGAUGGUCUACUGGGCACUGGCCGGGUUGACCCUGUUGGGCGAGGAUCCCACGCGCUUUCGUGAGCGGGUCCUGGGAACUCUUCGUCCCAUGCAGCAUCCCACCGGCGGCUUUGGUGGCGGGCAUGGCCAGAUAUCACAUCUUGCCGGAAGUUAUGCAGCUGUUCUCGCCCUCGCCCUCGUCGGAGGCGAGGACGCCUUUGCAUUGGUCGAUCGCGAAGCAAUGUGGCGAUGGCUGGGCCGACUAAAGCAAGCUGAUGGAGGAUUCAGCGUCACGGAAGGCGGGGAAGAGGACGUGCGCGGUGCGUACUGCGCGGCGACCAUUAUCGCCCUGCUCGAUCUGCCCCUGACUCUGCCGCAUGAUGCAAAGAAAGCCCGAGAGGCAGGCUUCGAAACCCUAACAGAUGGACUUGCUGAAUAUUUGUCACGCUGUCAAUCAUUUGAAGGAGGCAUCUCUGGGAGUCCCGGGGUCGAGGCACAUGGAGCAUACGCUUUCUGCUCACUCGCCUGUUUGUCAAUUCUGGGCCCUCCAGAAGAGACUAUUCCCAGGCAUAUGAACAUUCCUCUAUUACUUUCAUGGCUAUCUGCUCGACAGUACGCGCCUGAGGGUGGCUUUUCUGGACGAACGAACAAGUUGGUCGAUGGCUGCUACAGCCAUUGGGUUGGUGGAUGCUGGCCCUUGCUGCAGUCUGCUUUAGAUGGGAAGCCACUGUCUUCGGGUGCUCCCACAACAACCGUUGGUAACUUGUACAGCCGGGAGGGACUGGACCGAUACAUUCUCAGUUGUUGUCAAUCUCCUAGAGGUGGGCUUCGAGAUAAGCCGGGCAAGAGUCCGGACUCGUAUCACACCUGCUACGUCUUGACGGGCUUAAGCGCAACCCAACACCACCACUACCGCACCAACACUAGCAUUUCCUCCAGCUCAGAGUUUGCCUCAGCCUUCUCCUGGCAGUCCUCCCCGAUGCGCGCCGUGGAUAACGUGUACGACAAGGCCGACCGCCUCGUUGCCUUCCACCCGCUGUUUGUCAUUCCGCACCAGGCAGCCGCGAACAUGCGGCUCUGGUGCGAAUCCAAUCCCAUUGCAACCUAG